AUGUAUGAGGAGUUCGAGUUGCUCCUCCAGCGCUGCAAUGGUCGAGGCAUCGCACCUUCACUUCAAGGGGAUAAUGUUAACAUUAGUGUUGACCGGCGUAUUGCCCGUAUCGCGGUGCCUCCUUGCACUACCAUGCCAGGUGGCCAAAUCGUUGCUUGGGAGUGGAUCGGGAGGCAGUUCUCGCCAGUCAAGAGAGUCAGUACCAUUUAA